AUGUCCGCUUCCACAUUCCUCCAGCAGUUCUUGCGUGAGAACCAAGCCCGCCACAAUUCGCUCAUGGCGUGCAUCCAAGAUCUGCACAAGGGUCUCUCCACCGUCUCCAACUCUCUUCGAGUGGUCAUCGAAAACAACCUGAAGCAGAUGGAGGCUGUGGCCAAGGAUCACCAGCAGCUUCAGAACGAGAUCGCGAAGCUGCGCGACGAGCUCUCGAAGGAGCGCGACAAGCUCUCGAAGGAGCGUGAUGAGCGUUUGGCUUGGCAGGCGAAGAUGGAGGAGCGCAUGGCCCUCCGUAACUAG